GUACAGAGUACAGUAUUCGGUACUACGUAUCGUACUGUACACACUCCCGAAGAAGCACAAGUAAGACAUGUAUGUAUGUACCCAAGUCCAUUACUCAGACAGGCCUUGUUGCUGCUCGGUUGCUUUAAUACCUCGUAUAUAUCUAUUUUUAAAUUGUUGAUUUAUGAUUAUUGUUUUUGUUUCCGAAACAUGGAAACUCAUCCAAUGAUCGUUUUUCUUCUCUCAGGAGGUCUAACCGUCGUGGUGGUCAACCAUUGACGGCUAUGGUGAGCUGUUCGAUGACAACUGCUUUUAGAUGAUCAUUGACUUUUGGACGGAUCAAGUGUUAAUCUUGCCUGUAUGAAUCAUGAUUGGAUGGCGGAUUGCUUUACCCUGCAAAAUCCAAUGAUCCUGCACGACUCUGUCGGGGUUGAAUGGCAGUUCUUGAAUAGUGCCGUCGGAGGUUUGCUGCAGCUUUGCAACAUGCAUCCUCAUUGUUACCGACUGGAGCCAACAUGGUCUUGCUCGUUCGAGAUUGUUGAGCACUCAACCUCUCCCGGCAUCAAAGGUUGCAUUAUCAUGGCUUGUUUAUCUUCCUUGCCUGUGCCCGCCCCUUUCUUUCUUUCUUUCGUUUUUUUUCUUGACUUUUACCGCCAGCGAAUACUCUGUACAUUUGACUACGUACAAAGGAUUUUACAUUCCUCCCUGCUGGAGAAUUGUGUAAGGGGGUACGGGAUAGUAUCGUGUGCUGGUCAAGGCGUGGGCUCUGCAAGUGUAAUUCUGCAUUGAGUGGAGACAAGAGGUCAAUGAAAAAAAAAAAAAGAUGUGACGGCGGUUCACGCCCUAAUUGCUGCACGUACCUGGG